AUGACUCUCGAUAAUGUUAUGAGUUGGUGUAAUUGGGGUAAGGGGGGAGACGUAUCUUCAGACCUAUUUUAGCCUCUCAUAUUCGAAUUAUGGGGAUUCAGAAAGGAAAAACUGUGGCUGAUCCUAUUAUUUACAGUAUAAAACAUGUUGAAGAGUUCAAGGUAAGCAUUGUUAAUUUGAUUACAUGAUUACAGUAUGACAAACUGCCAUUACCCGAAACGAUGGAGACCGCAAGUAGGGAAGCCUUGUGCGGAGUGCCUCAUCUGGAAGUGGGCGAGGAGUAUUUUGUUGGAGGUAGUUCCCGAAAUUUGAAUUAUAAUACAAACAUAAUAUUUUAAGGGUUUCUAUCCAAAGAUAUCCUCAGGCUCGAGAAAUGCGCGCAGCCUUACAUCGAGAUGUACAAUGGGACAGGAAUAGGGAAGGCCCCUCCCAGGUGGAGAUCUAUCACCGAAAAAAACAUCAAAAAUCUCCAUAAUCUGAAGGAAAAAUUCUUAUUGAACCGUAAAGAACUCUGA